AUGCUUCGACUACUUUUCUUCCUCGCUUUGGCUGCCCUCGUCAGCGCAAUACCAACUUUCCCUGUGCUGACUCCAGUUGCAAGUCCGGUAAUUCAACCAGUGUACGUACCUCACAGGUACUACUAUGGUCCUGACUAUGAAUAUGGAUACUAUAAUCCACUUGGAACCGGAUCCGCUUGGGCUGCUGGAGGUGGAGUUGUCGGAAAUACAUUAGCAUUGCUCGUUGGCAAAUAA